CUUUGUUCUUUAUAACAUUCUCGUCUCUUUCUCUCUCUACCUCUGUCAUUCUCGCCUCUCUUUCUCUCACACACACAACACGCACUAGUCUUCUACUAGGAAGAAGAUUCAACGUAGAGUCUAGAGAGAGAGAGAGACAGAGAGAGCUACGGAGUUUAUGGUUGUAGCAUGAGAGAGAAGCUAGAGAGAGAAAGAAAGAAGAAAGAGAUAUGUACUCAAACUACAUAUAACGAGAUCAAGAACCAUCCGACAUUUAUUAUUUAGGAUAAAACGAAAAAACCCUCGUCGGAAAUCCUCCUUUUUCCUCCGGUUUUUUGCUUGAACCUGUUCUCCGACGAUGAAUGAACCCGGUUUUUCACGGUUCCCCGCCCACCACCUCGACCCCGGCGCUCAAGAAUUCUUUCCCACCACCGCUUUACCUUCAGUCCCGCCUCAAUUUUUCUACCCCUACCCUCCGCCGGUGUACGACAACAUGGGGUACGCGCGGCCGCAGUUUCCAUCAGCUCCGGCGUUCGUUAGCGCGGCCGCGGAGCCACCGCCUCCGCUGCCGGUUUCUUUGCCCCCAUCCUCGCCGACGCCGUCAAGGACUUUGCUCCUCAGCAUGGUCCCAACCUCCGUGAGCGAAUCAACGGUGCGGCGCGAAUUGGAAGUCUUCGGCGACGUGAGGGCGGUCCAGAUGGAACGGCGGCGUGAGGGUUUGGUGACGGUGCACUUCUACGACGUGAGAGACGCGCAGGCGGCGCUGAUGGCGAUGCAGGAACAGCACAUGCAGCAGCAGUUCCGCCUCGGCCGCCACUACGACGCAGUCCUGAACAAUUCUAUGCCAUUGAUGGCUGUCGCGCCACCACCACCCCCCCAGGCGGCGCGUGGGCUCAUCUCAGGACGAGUGGUGUGGGCCCAGUUCACUACUCCGGUGACUUCUGGCCUUCCCGACGGCAACAAUCAAGGAACCCUUGUUAUAUUCAAUUUGGAUCCUGGGGUUUCCGCUUCUUAUCUCAAAGAGAUUUUCGAAGCCUUUGGGCCCGUGAAGGAAUUGAGAGAGACACCAAACAAAAGGAACCAAAUGUUCGUGGAGUUCUAUGAUGUGAGAAACGCAGCCAAGGCCAUGGCCGCCAUGAACGCCAAAGAAAUCCUCGGACAACGUAUUGUGAUUGAAUUCAGCAGGCCUGGUGGCCAGUGCAAGAAGUUCUGGAGAUGCCCACAAAAUGGAGCUCCCAAUCCCACCACUACUUAUUCAUCAAGAACCUCUUUCAGGUCCUCGUCGUCGUCCUCGUCGUUCAACCUGAAUCGGCCUUCUCCACCCCCGUCGGAGGGUAAACUCUCCAUCCGUUCGCCGCCACAGCAGCGCAAUUACCAUUCCAACAAAAACCCUAGUGGGAGUGGAGGAAGCAGAAGCUCAAGCAGUGGAUCAUCACCACUUGAUGAAUCAGUGACUAAUCUAUGCAUUGGUGGCUAUGACGAGUGCUCGAGGCCGAAUAAAAAGAGCACUGGUUUCAAGAAAAGCAAUAACUCAUCAGCAUCUGAUAGUGGUGGCGGGAGUUCAAAGCAGGCCGGCUGCAGGCCGUGGAAGGGCGGCGGCGGUGGUGGAGGAAGACACGGGAAAGAUCAUGAUCCACGCUUUCUGAUUAAUGAAGAUGCGAUAAUGGAAUCGAAUUGCAGGGAUCCCAGAACCACUGUCAUGAUCAAGAACAUCCCUAACAAGUACAGUCAGAAGCUGCUGCUGAACAUGCUGGACAACCACUGCAUUCACUGCAACGAGCAGAUGGCCGACGACGGCGAUGAUCAGCCCUUGUCCGCAUAUGAUUUCGUCUACCUCCCUAUUGAUUUCAUCAACAAGUGCAAUGUCGGAUAUGGGUUCGUGAACAUGACUUCCCCUCAGGCAACAUUGAGACUGUACAAAGCCUUCCACCAUCAGAACUGGGAGGUCUUCAACUCCAGAAAGAUCUGCGAAGUCACCUAUGCAAGAUUACAGGGACUGGAGGCGUUGAGAGAACACUUCAAGAACUCCAAGUUCCCCGGCGAUGCCGAGGAGUACAUGCCAGUGGUGUUCUUGCCUCCUCGUGAUGGCCGGACGCUGACCGAUCCCGUCCCAAUAGUUGGCCAUGUUGACCCACCUCUUCCCCUUUCUCCACCGUCGUCAUCUGCUGCUAGCUCAAAGGAAAACCAAUCAGAAACACAAAUAGGAGUCGGCUACGAGGACGGUGUGGGAGGCAGCGAGAGUGGAGGCUGUAGCUACGAUGAAAACGACAACGACGACGACUACGGAAGAGAGCCGAGCAAUGAAUGAUCUUCUUUCUUCGCCAGAUCUCCAGAUACAGCUCACUUUUUAUAUAUUAUUAUCAGUGUGCUUGAAUUCAUUGAUGAUCAAGAAAUCUCUCUAGCUCCCAAUGCUACUCUUCUGACAGUAUCAACUGGGCAGCACCAGGACAUAGCCAAUGAGCUUUCUUGUUGAGCUCCGAGCCAAAUCUCAUUCAUGGCCAUGCAUAACAUAAGUGAGCAACCAUCAUCCCACCCCCUCCAGUUCUUACAACCUCAGAAGAGCCUAAGGCGUUUAUGUUUUGUCUGUAUCAUAUAUUUAGUUAGGAUUAUCAAUGGUUGAUUAGGGAAAUAGGUUUUAAUUUGUUACAGCUUUCUUGCUUAGCUUUUCUUUGAAUUCUCAGUAGAUGUUGAAUUUUAUUUAUUAAUUAUGGGUUUUUGGAGAGUGUGAAUGAUGUCUAUUUUUGGGUUUGUUGUUUUUAUGAUA